AUGGCGGAGUCUAAUGGGGGUGGUACGACAGUUGGAAAAGAGAGUAUAAAAAAUGUUGAUGGCAUGUUGAGCAAUCAAAGGCACAUUUCAGAUUCAAUUACCACAACACAAGGCGAUAAUGGAGCAACAACUAGCACUGAGAGGAAGAUAGAUGUUGUUUUGAAACAAAAUGGCUGGGAGGUGGGAGAGGAGGCCCAAAAUUUGGUUCCUUCUAAGGCAGGCCACAAGAGUAAGACAAGAGGGCCGACGAGGAAAGAAAAGGGUAAAUGGGCUAAGGUUUCUUGGUCUCCUUCAAGACCAGAGAAUUGGGAAAUUAGGGAUGUGCAAGUGGGGGACAAAAGGAGAGGGAUUGUUCAAUUGAUAGAAGGAGAAAGUGUGGCAAGUAAGAGGGCUUGUAUUUCGGAUGGUAUCUCAACAAAUCAGAGAUCAAUGGCGAAGGCUGAUGUUUAG